CAUUUUCCCACCCUGCCCUGCCUCCUUUCAAAUUGAGAACUUCACCACUUCAAAAGUCAUAUCACCCGCUCCCUCGCUAUAGUCCGACGAGAGUUGCAACCAUUGAGAGGGAGAGUCGCUUUCCUUUCGCCUCAUAUACAAGUUUGCUCAUGUCUGAAAAAGGUCAACCUCGUAUAAGGCUUUCCAUCAAGCUUGGAGCUGGGAGCGCUCCUCUGAGUGCUAGCUCCAGCGCCCAUCAGGGUCAGUCUUCUGCUGGGACUCCUGGUGCGCGUAAGAACAAUGGCCCCCGGAAAGGGAUGAGUGCUUCGGAAGCGGCGCGGGCGUUUGGCGUAAAGCCUACCAGACCCGCGAGCGCGGCGGACCGGAACGACGAUAAUAAGAUUCGCAGCAGAAAACUGUCCUCAGAACAUGAGCCAUCAGUUCCUAUCAAGCUUUUGUUUAAGCCACCGAAAAUAUACAAGGCUUCAGCGAUACCGUCCGUUCCGGAACAUACCAAUACUUCAAGUCGAGCAAGCCACGGCGAUAGCGCUGAGGACUCAGAAGAGCUCAGUGUGAAUGCCACGAGUCCGGCAUCACCGAAGGACUUGUCGAGAACGAGCUCCGGGAAGCGUCCGGCCCCUGAACUGACGGAGAGGUUAAAUCCCUUGGCCAAACGCGUCCGACUAGACGAUGCAUUAGAUCACUUGGGCGACGAUGGGGAUGAGGAUGAUGGGCUAGAUCUUGACGAUGGCGACGAUAUGGAAAUGGGAAAGGACGCCGCGAACAGUGGGCCAAAUGCAUUGAUCGAAGGGAGUACAGCCAACGACGGCAGACUGCCUCAGAAGCCUACUCGGAAAACGAAAAGUCGUGGGAAAGGUUUCACGCCAAAGAGGCGGGUCACCGACGGGAAAGGUGUAUGGAAGCCGAAGAAAAAGAGUCUGCAUAUUAUUCUUUCCAAGAUACUUGUUGCUUUGAAAAGGAAGGAUCAAUAUGGAUUCUUUCUCGAUCCCGUCGAUACAUCAGUCAUCACAGACUACCUUACGGUUGUGAAAGAGCCUAUGGACUUCGGGACAAUGGAACGAAAGAUUCAACGACGCGUGUACAGAACAUGUGCAGAGUUCAAACACGAUUUCCAUUUGGUGGUCACCAACGCAAAGACCUAUAACCCCCCAGACACUGUUAUAGUGAGAGAAACUGAGAAGCUCGAGGAGUACGGAAACAGGUUGAUCGAGCGCGAGGAGAAGAAUGUCGCGGACGAGCCUGUUGUGCCCGAAGAUGGCAGCGCUCAUGCCUCCACUAAUACAUCAGAAGUAGGAGCAAAGCGUGGCGAGGUGAAAAGGAAGUAUUCGAAGAGGUACAAACCUGCUGAAGAGCUUGCUUUGCGCCUGUGCGCGCAAGUAAGACCAGAUGGAACGAGCUCCAAAGACCGCUCGUGGAACGCUCAUAAAACUUCGCGGUUCGAUGAAAUCUUGCAUCGAUUCUCAUCUGCCCGAAAACACUCGCUAAAGGAAGUUGACAAAGACGAACUAUUCCGCACAGUACUCGAGUCCGGCCCAUACAAAUACUGGGAAAGUCCCGAAAAGAUCCCGCUCGAAUCUACGCUUCGAAGCCACGUCUACGGUUCGGCCGAAGGCGAAGCGUACGUCUCCAGUCUUCGGAAAUUCGCGAGGACGCUCCCGGCAGAAAUACAACGAUAUGCGGACGAAUCCGUCAACAAAGCGAGCGGCGGGGCCGUUGAGAUCAUGGACACGGCUGUAGGAAUACUACAACAACCAGAGACCUUAAUGGCCCCUGUCACAGCCAAAGUGAGAACGGAAUGGGGAACCGUUGACGUCGGAGACCGUGUCCGGCAUCUGGAAAAAGCGUUCGAUCGUCUCAUUGAAAUCGCCGAGGUGGAACUCUAUCGCAAAGAGGGCGUUGACAUCAGGCCCAUUCUGCCACCUGCAGCCAUUGGCGUGCAGGACCCGGAAUUGGAAGCCCAGUUGCAACGGAAGGACCCGUCAUCCCUUCUGGGAAGCAAUAGCGCCGAUCUGGUGGACUGGUACGCCAAGCACGUCAAUCGCUUGAGCGGUGGCCAAGUCACGAUCGAGCAGGAAGCCAUGGUCGCCGAAAGGGUACGGAGACGCCUUCUGCAGCUGGUGUGCCAAGCACCCGAAAGCGAGUUCCAAGAAGCGCAGGGGAUUCCUUCGGUUGAGGUCAUACAGAAUAUGUAUACCGUUCCCGCCGCCGUAGCUGCUGCCGGCAUUGUCCGGCCAGCAGUCCCUACGCUUCCCAUGUAGUAAUUUCCGACUUUCGGA